GUCAUGAUUUCAAAUCACCUUGGGACAAUGGAUCGCGAAAAUUCGCCUCUGCGCAAGUUAAAGUUGGUCACAUUGGUACUGAUACUUGCAACUGUUGCGAAAACAGGAUCCUGUAAUCUCAGCUAGUUUAACCCUUUCCUUGUAACAUUUAGAAAGUUUCAUAAUGACCACUUGCAAUAGUUUUAAAAUAAAACGAAUUCCAGUACAUCAGCUGACGAAAUACUUUCAGCAAGUUUUACAAGUCAUAGUAAUACAGAACCCAAUAGGUUUGCUGCAUAACCUCUACUAUAAUAGAUAAUUAAAUAAAUAAGUUGAUAAUACCACUUUUGAACCACUUUUAAUAGACAUGGAAUGCAGGAGACGGAGUGAAUAUGUCUCAUCUAAAAGGGGGUCUUAUCACGCUAGAAUAAAUCAUCACAUACAUUGUACAGUCCAAACUCUAUUUUUUCCUCGCUCUUCACACAAUGUACAACGUUCUCUGUGCCCUAUAUAAACACUUCCUAUCAAGGUCUUGCUUCCUAUUACCAUUUGAGCGCGAAGUUUAAAUCCGCGAUCGAGGAUGUAAACAUUGAGGAUGGCAGACGACGCUGGUCACUCGCUGGUCGCUGUUUUUGCUCUAUUUUUUGGCCUCUGCAAUGGAGGAGAGAAGGUGGAGGGCCUCGGAGAGAUUGGGGACUUGACGAUGGCUUGGAGGAUGAGAGGAAAUAAGUGGUUUUGGGAGGGUGGAGGGGAAUGAGGGUGAGAAUUUAGCCCUGGAGGAUGAGCAAAGUUUUUCAGAGAAGAUGCUUGGAUUAAAGAUCUUUUAUGCCACGUAUUUAUAGGCAAGAAACCAACACGAGGAAAACCGUAACACCAGAUGGAAGAUCAGUUCUUUCACUUCGCCAUUAUUAACUGGUCAGUUUUGGGUACCCAAAGUAGGUCCUCCUCGCAAAUGCCCAGCGGCCAUAGGACCUGCCCAAUGGAACCCCCACCUUCAAAGGUCUACAGGGACAUCAGAAAUAACUUCACUAACCCCGAGAUGGCACCCAAGAACAGGAUACGGCCUCCAUCUAAGUUGGAAUGUAUGCCAGUGAUUCUCUUGGAGUUCAACUAUAUAUCUGAGGCCAUGGAAGGAUUGCUGAUCAGGAACCACAUAUUUAUCUACAAAGUUUGCCUUCAUGAGGAAGACAUAUCCCCAACAAGAUAGAAAGUGGAGAGCUCGCAAUACAAUGGUAGAAACAGCAGCGAUGUUGACUUGUUGUACUAGGGCCAUUUUGAUUGCGUCAUUACUGCUUUAGUGACCUGUUGUUAAUAUCCCUAAUGAGUGUUACCUGGAGGAUCUGGAUGUUCAGUCUCCAUGACUUUGUUGGCAGCUGAGCUAGAUUGUUGGCAACUUUUAGGGAGGAAAUAUUCGGGACAUAAAUGCUUCGUCAAGUUCUCCUGGGUGCAGGUGUCCACAUGUAAGCAGCCAGGGAGACCGUUCUUCAACCACCUUUAGCCACAGGACUUUGACAGCCUUCUCCUUGUUGUCCCCAUUUGGGCAACUAGGCGUGUGGACCAAAAUCCGGGCCAUUCAAGCAAGCCUAGUAAUCUACUUGAGUGGUGACACUCCCGGGUGUGGGAAUUGGACAUCCUUGCUUUCAUGUUACCCCCUUUUUUGGCUGGCACUGAAUAGUCAUUUUACAAGAGCUAUGUAUGUGAUUUGUUAUGCUGUAUCAUGCUGGUAGUGGGCUGCUUCCAUUGUGCAGACUCCAUAUUAUCUGUGUAAUACAUGUAAUAAUGUGUUUUAUUUUCAUAUUUCUAUGUUUUCAUAAUCAGUUUUUGAAUAAUAAUCUGUAGUAAAAGCUAA